GUUCAUGAUGCAUCACCUGAUGACUCUUCUCUUGGCCUUCCAACGCCUAUUAUGCUCUUUUGUUUGUAUUCAAGCCUCUCUUAUGAUACCUAGAAACUACCAAUUUCAUUAAACUUUUUUCUCUCUCCUUGUGUUUGAGCUGCUUCCAUGGCUGAGAAAAAUUAUUUUUUAGAAACUCUUAACAAAUGGUCCGUGAAGGUCGCAUUUGAGGAAAUAGAGCAAAAUGGUCCUUCGUCUCAAGCACGAUCGAACUUACGGUCAAUAAGAGAGAGCAUAAUAGAAGCUUUGGCAUCAACUAAGAAGUAGUAACCAAAGCAACAAAAUUGCUACAAGAGUGGAAAGUCAUUGGGAAGCAAUUGAUUCCUAAGAAGGAUAAAGGAACAAAUGUCAAUACGAAUACUAAUGGCGGUGGCAUACCUAUUCCCCAAUCCAAACAAACCACCAUAGUAAUAAAUAAUAAUACUAAUUCACCCAUGG